AUGUCGACACCGACUUUGGCCGAGAAGCUCGAUAAGAUCAAGUCACCUGGUCUGCAAGGGCAGCAGAGGAACGUGGUCGUCCUCCGAGCCGUCGAGUCAACCCUCAAAGAACAAAAUGCCGCCGCCAUCCCGACCGCUUAUUUUGCGGCUCUCCUAGCCUUGAUGCAGCAGGCAAUCAGCAACGGAAAUGUAAACAUCGAAUUGGCCACGCCCGUGGUUUACUUGUUGGACGUUGUGACGCCCUACGCCCCGCAGCCUUUACUGCGAUCCAAGUUCACUCAGAUACUCACCCUGCUCGCACCCGUGCUAUCAAUGCAAGAUGCCGAAGCUAUCCUGCUCAGGACGUCAAUCGGCUGCUUGGAAUCGCUGCUUCUCGCCCAGGAUGCCCCGUCUUGGGAGCUUACUGUGUCCCAGAUUGGACCUCGCCGCGCUGUCGCCGGCUUGCUCAAUCUUUCUCUGGACAACCGGCCCAAGAUACGAAAGCGAGCACAGGACGCUCUCAAAAAGGUCCUGAAGAAUCCCCCUCCUAGUCCCUCACUCGAUCAUCCGGCCGCCGAUAUGUGCGCGCAAACGGCGCUGAAGAACCUGGAGGACCUGGCUGGCAAGGCUGCCGACGCCCGCAAGGGCAAGAAAUCAUCUAAUACUGUUCACGACCCAGCCCUGAUCCAUGCGCUCCAAUUGGUCAAGACUGUGGCGACGGCGAGUGGCGGUUGGCCCAGCACAAAGAUUGAAUCUUUGUGUGAGUUGCUGCUGGGCAUCGCCAAGACGGGUAAUGAAUACAUGACCAUGGCUGGUUUCGAAAUAUUCGAGUUGAUAUUCGAGAGUAUGAGUGCCGAGGCUUCUUCAUCUAAGCUGCCACGGCUCAUGGAGAUUAUUUCAGAACUGCGCCCUGCUGCCAACGACACACAGCUUGUUCCGCCUUGGCUGGCUAUUCUGUCACGAGGAUUUGAUGUUUCUGCUCAGGUCGAGCCAGACGAGACUUUUGAAAAGUUGCCCGAGUUGUUUGCCAUGGUCGCACAAUUCCUCGAAUCACAUUCUGAAAACAUUCGGAUCUCAGCCUCAGAGUGUUUGGUGUCGUUCAUGGCCAACUGCAUUCCUCAGCAAGCUGUACUUGGACCAUCCAUAUACGAGGAAAAGAUCUUGGAUAAGAUAACAAAAACUGCCGAGGCUCUGCUUACCGUGCAGUACCAGGCUGCCUGGUUGCAGACUUUCGACGUGCUUGGCUCCAUGUUCACCUCUUUCCGAUGGCAGUCCUAUCCGAGAAUGAUGAACAUCACCAAGAUUAUCGGCGAAAUUCGCGAAAAUUCCUCGUUCCGAAACAAAAAAGAAGCCGAUGAACUUAUCGGACAGGCCGUGCGGGCCAUGGGACCCGAAGCAGUUCUCACUGCUCUUCCCCUCAACAUUAUCAAACCAGUCAAGGGACAGGGCGGAAGGGCAUGGAUGCUCCCCAUAUUGCGAGACUACGUUAGCAAUACUGAGUUGGACCACUUCAAGACUGAGAUGGUUCCACUGAGCGAGAUCAUGUUCCAGAAAGUUUUGGACCACGGCUCAGCCGACAAGACUAUGGAAAUCAAAAUUUAUGAGACAUUGGUGCAACAAAUCUGGGCGACGCUACCCGGGUAUUGCGAUCUUGCCAUAGAUGUUACUGAAGCCUUUGACCAGCGUUUUGCCGAAAUGCUCGCCAACCUCUUGUACAAGCAAGUUGAGCUACGAUUGGAUAUCUGUAGAGCUCUGAAGACCUUGAUCGAGUCAAACCAGGCUAUAGAGAGCAUAGGAGACACGGAGGAGGACUUCAUGCUCCAAAGCAGAGUCUCACGCGAGACCGCCCGGAAGAAUCUCACAUACCUCGGACAGUUUUCCGGCAACAUGCUUGCCGUCCUAUUUAACGUGUACACACAAACGCUCCCUCAAAGCAGAGGUCCGAUCUUACAAACCGUCAACGCUUUUCUCAGCAUCACGCCUCGCCAAGAGGUCGUAGACACUUUUGACCGAGUGAGCAAGAUGCUGGCAGCAGAGCUUGAAAACACACGGCAACCCGAGGAGAAGGACAAGGGUCCCAAGUCCAAGGACCACAUGCCAUCCACCGCCCAGACUCUGAUGGAUCUCGUCAUCACCAUGUCAACAUACCUCCCCCGAGACAGCUUCGCUGCAUUGUUUGAGAUUGCCGCCGUGAUUGUCUACAGAGAGCAUGAACCACAGCUACAGAAGAAGGCGUACAAACUUAUCCCUCGCCUGGCAACUUCUGACCUCGGCAAAACUGCUCUUCAGGCGCGAAACACUGAGUUGCAGCAGCUCAUUCUGUCCAGCUCCGAAAAGGUGUCUGCUCCAGCUCGACGCGAGCGACUGGCAGCCAUUUCCGCUCUUCUCCCGUUUGUCUCUGACGAGUCUCUCCACUUCAUUCCCUCGAUACUCAGCGAAGUUGUCAUCUGCUGCAAGGAAAACAACGAGCGUGCUCGAGAGACUGCCUACGACCUACUUGUGCAAAUAGGCCACCGCAUGAUUGCUGCCAACGGCGCCAAAAUCGACAACAGCAAAGUUCCUCACAUGCCCAACGGCGCACCGGCCGGAACUGCCAAUAUUGAGGAGUACCUCACCAUGGUCAGCGCCGGUCUCGCUGGUAGUACGCCUCACAUGAUUUCCGCCUCAAUCACUGCCAUCAGCCGUCUCCUCUACGAAUUCCGCUCCUCCCUGGCGGAGCAGACGCUCUCCGAUCUUGUCCAAACCAUGGAUCUCUUUCUCACCUCCAAUAAUCGCGAAAUCGUGAAGAGCUGUCUCGGCUUCGUCAAAGUCUGCGUCAUCAGCCUCCCCGUGGAGCUGAUGACCCCACGCCUAGCUACGCUCGUCCCCAACCUCAUCGUCUGGAGCCGCGAACACAAGGGUCACUUUAAAGCCAAGGUCAAGCACAUUCUUGAACGCAUGGUACGCCGUUUUGGCUAUGACCUCGUUCACAAGAAUUGCCCAGAGGCCGAUCGCAAGCUCAUCGUCAACAUCCGCAAGGCAAAGGAACACAGCAAGAAGAAGAAGGACGCUGCUCGUGCCGGUCGAGGUGAUGAUGCCAGUGAUGCUUCCAACGACGAGCAGUCCGGGAAGCGUCAAUAUGAGAACGAGUACGACCAAGCCCUGUACAGUAGCGACUCCGACGUUUCUGCCCCCUCAGAUGAUGGCGGUGCAGCGCCCCGACAGAAAAGGCCCCGAAAGGGCGGCAAGACGUACAUUAUUGAAGAUGACGAUGAGCCGCUCGAUCUGCUGGACAAGAAAGCACUCGCCAACAUCUCUUCCACCAAACCUCUCAAGAAUCGGCACCCCACCAAAUCCAAGCCCAGAUUCGACCCUGACGGCAAGCUCAUCCUCGGCGCGGACAGCGACCACGAAGCUGCCGCCGAAGAUGGCAUGGACAUUGACAAGCCCGGAACCUCGGGAGUGGGCGCCUAUGUCGCCGCUCUCAAGGGCAAAGACGCAGCGAAACGAGGCAGAGGCGGCAAGCUCAAGUUCUCAAAUCGCCGCUCCAAAGACGACGAUGACAUGGACGAGAUGGAUGAGGACGACGCCGCCAUGAUGAAAAACAAGAUUAGCCCCGGCCGGGCCGAUAGGGGGAACAGGUUCCGCGGUAGAGGGGCCAUGAGAGGUGGACGUGGUGCGCAAGGCGGACGAAGUGGCAAGGGGAGUAUCUCAGCGGGGCGAAGAGGGUUAGGCAUUGAAAAGAGACGGGGUGCUCCGGCGCAAGGCAUUGGAAAAAGUAGGAGGGGGCGGAAUUAA